UAUUGGAGAAUCCACUGCACUUCAACGUUGCAGAUUGCAGCAUAACAUUAAGUUUGCUGUGUUUAAAAGUAGGAAUCUAUUUCGUCUAACUUCCCCGAGGAUUGAACUGAAAGCCAACGAAAUCAACAGGACUUGAAUGUUGAACUCUGUGAAAGUAGUGUUUUCAACAACCGAUCUUGGAGUUAUGGGUAACAAGUAGAAUUAUAAAAAUGUAACAAUUAACAGAUCAUUUUCGUGCAAAUGGGUGCUUCUCAGCAGUAGCACCUAUUCAAUGGCAUUUGGAAGUCAAAAUCUAAUUAAAAAACUGAAAGAUGCAUCAGUAAGCGGACGUUCCUGCUAAAUUGUUUGCUAAAAUUCAUAGCUCUGCUAGCACUCCCAAUUUUCUUGAUGAAAUACAGACCGAGAAACAAAAGAAUUUUAAGCAAAAGCUAUGUCUUAGCUUUCGCAUCUCAAUGAUGGGAUUUCGCUUCACAUCAAUACUAUCCUCCUCUGCUACGGCUAUCAUCAAAUACUAUGCAGGAAUGCUGGAAGAAUGCGUCAAUUUGAGAAGCCUACAAGAUGGCAGGAAAAUUCAUGCCCUUAUCAUUACUAAGGGUUUAUUUCAGGCAGAAUCUGUAUAUAUUUUAAACCAUCUGGUUAACAUGUAUACCAGGUGCGGUGGUUUGUUCGAUGCACGCAAAGUGUUUGACAAAAUGCCUCAACGAAAUGUGUUCUCAUGGAAUACUAUGCUUGCAGGAUAUACAAGAAACGGGUGUAUGGAGGAUGCGCGCCAACUGUUUGAAGAAAUGGCUGAGCGAGAUGUGAUAUCGUGGAAUGCAAUGAUUGGAGGCUAUUUGCGCGGAGGUCAGGGUGAUGAAGCCAUGAAUAUUUUUCAGCACAUGCGCCAACAAGGAGCAAUGCCGGACUGGAUCACUUUGACAACUGUUGUGGGUAUCUGCUCGGGGAAAUUGGGUAUUGCAGAGGGAAAACAGGUUCAUGCUUGUGCUAUUAGACUUGGGCUUGAGGGUGAUGUCUAUGUGGGGAAUGCGCUUAUAGAUAUGUAUUCCAAACUGGGUUGCAUGGAAAAUGCAUACAAAGUGUUCGAUACAAUGCCUCAGCCAAGUACUGUGUCUUUUAAUGCUAUGAUAGCUGGUUAUGCAAGAUGCAAUAACAUAGAGUUUGCUCGUCGAUUGUUUGAUAAAAUGCCGGAGAGAGAUUAUAUAUCUUGGACGACAAUGAUUACUGGAUAUGCCCAGCUUGGGUUUGCAGACAAUGCACUUCAACUCUUUGCACAAAUGAGGCAUGCUAGUUUGAAGGUUGAUCAGUUUACGUUUGGCAGUGUUCUUAAUGCAUGUGGUAGCAUUCUGUCUUUGGACCUAGGUAAGCAGGUUCAUGCUUAUGCCAUUGCAACUGCCUUUGAAUCAGAUGUCUUCGUGGGAAGUGCUCUGGUAGACAUGUAUGGAAAAUGCAAGAGCAUAGAGGAUGCACGGCAAGUUUUUGAUGAAAUGCCUAAGCGUAACAUAGUUUCAUGGACUGCAAUCAUUGUAGGAUUUGCCCAAAGUGGGCAUGGUGAGGAUGCCUUGAAACAUUUUAUUCAAAUGCUAAGAGUGGGGUUGAAACCUGACGAAUUUGCUGUUGCCAGUGUUCUUAGUGCAUGUGCAAGCCUUGCUGUCCUAGAAGAGGGAAGACAGGUUCAUUUAUACAUCAUCAACACUGGACUAGAAUCACGUGUGCCGGUUGGCAAUUCUCUUAUUACGAUGUAUUCUAAAUGUGGAAGCAUUGUUGAUGCUCGCUGCGCCUUUAACAAUAUGAUGGAACGAGAUGAAGUCUCGUGGACUGCGAUGAUUGCAGGAUAUGGUCAGCAUGGGUGUGGCAUGGAAACCCUUCAACUAUUUGAACAAAUGAUAUCGGCUGGCAUGAAGCCAGACCAGGUAACCUUUAUUGGUGUUCUUUCUGCAUGCAGUAGGGCAGGUCUAGUGGAUGAGGGUUGUAGAUAUUUUGAUUCAAUGAGGGAAAUUCAUUGUAUAGAACCAACUGUGGAGCAUCAUGCUUGUAUGAUUGAUCUUCUAGGUCGUGCUGGGCACUUGGAUAAGGUAGAGAAGUUUAUCGAUGAAAUGCAAUGUGAACUUGAUGUUGUUGGAUGGGCUACUUUGCUUGGUGUCUGCAGAAUUCAUGGCAACAUAUCUCUAGGGAAGCGUGCAGCAAAACACCUUUUUGAGUUGGAACCAGAGAACCCUUCAGCAUAUGUACUUUUAUCAAAUAUGUGUGCUGCAGGGGAGAGAUGGAAUGAUGUUGCCAAUGUUAGAAAAUUGAUGAAAUCUAAAGGAGUGAAAAAGGAGCCUGGAUGCAGCUGGAUCAGAUUCCAGAAUAGGGUUCAUUCAUUUGUGGCAGAUGACAGAUCACAUCCACAAACAGAGAAGAUUUAUGCAACGCUAGAAAAACUAGCUGAACAGAUGAAAGACGAAGGAUAUGUUCCUGACACGAGCUCUGUGCUGCAUAAUAUAGAUGAUGAUGACAAGGAACAUGCUUUGUGCUACCAUAGUGAACGAGUAGCCAUUGCUUUUGCUUUGCUCAAUAUCCCUGAAGGGAUACCUAUUCGAAUUGUGAAGAACCUCCGAGUAUGUGAUGAUUGCCAUGCCGCUACAAAAUUCAUCUCCAAGAUUGUAUCGCGAGAAAUUAUCGUUAGGGAUUCUAACCGUUACCACCACUUUAUUGAUGGAUUAUGUUCAUGCAGAGAUUAUUGGUGAUGCAAGCAAUGAAUUGUGUUUUUGCGGAGAUUAUUGAUGGGUUUAGUGAUGAAUUGUGUCUUUGCCGAGAUUAUUGGUGGUGCUAACAACAGAAUGUGUUCUUUCACAGAUUAUAGUUGAUGCUAGGAAGGAAGUUUUGCUGUUUCCACCAUUGGCUUUUUCUUUGCAGCAUAUUUCCAAUGUUUGUGAAAUACUGAAGUUGGCAAUGGCGGCAUAGCAUUCCAAUUUCCAACGCAAUAUGUAAAAUAUCAGGGUUUCAUGUCCAAAUGAUUUUGGGGGAAUUAAUUCA